GAUGUUCUACUGCUAUUUAAUACUCAUCCUUUAAGGAAAACAAAAAAAAUUAAAAAAAAAUAGAAUAAAAAAACAAAGUUUAGCCGCAGUGCCAGAAAAGGGACAUUUUUUUAAAAGCAAAGCAAAAAAAAGCAGCUGAAAAAGCAAAUGAAUAAAAAGGAUGAAGUGAAGUCUAGAGAAAUAUAAAAACAAGUCACAUACCAAAGAGCAAAUAAAAUAUAAUACCAAUAAAAUACAGUGCUUAAAUAAACGACAACAAAAUUAAGCGUUUAAUACAAUCUGCAGAGAAGGAACCAGAAAGAGCGAAAAACGAAGAAAACCCCAUGCAAUAAAAUCCAUAAACAAAAAAAGUUAUUGCAAAAUAAAAAUUCAAAACUGCCUUCAUAUUGCCCAAGCAAAUAACAACAUCAAUAAUAACCUGGAAAGAAAUCACAAUCAAUUGAAAUGACUUCGUCACGUUCAGACAACACACACUACUCAUCCAAGUCUCUGCGAAGAAAUGCUGCUCGACGCAUGCCAUGGUGGUGGCCAUCAACAUCGCCAUCAUCGUCGUCGUCGUCGCCAACAAUGCCUGCCAGGUACCACAAACUGCUGCUGAUAGUCUUCAGCAUUUGCCUGCUCCAAUUUGUUGCGUGUCUGGAGGAAGAUUGCAUUGAUUUUCAAGGUAAUUCCGUUAACCAUGGCAUGUUGUAUGUACCAGGGCCAGGCGUUUGCAGUCUGUGUGUUUGCUAUCACUCGGAGCCAUUGUGGUGUAAAGCAAUUUACUGUGAUCCACCAUAUUUCUGCAAAAACUUCCGAGUUGGAGAACGGUGCUGUGAGUUUGAAUGUCUAGAUCCGCCGGGAGAAGAUAACAAAUAUCAGGAACGCAUGCGUAAACGAGCUGAAAUUUUGGCUGGCAACAGUACGGCAGCACCAUCUAUAUCACCUUUAGCCGUUUCAACUUUAAUGCUAACAUUUCUGGGAAACUCAUUGUUAAACUUAUAACUUGAGCCAAAUAAUUAAUUAAUUAUUAUAAUAUAUAAUAUUAAUAAUAAUUCUAAAACUUAUUCUUAAUUAGAUAAAUGCAAGAUUUAAAUGAAAUUUAUGUAAAAAAAAACAAAAACAAUGAAAAACUCUAGAAUGAAAAAUCCAAAAUCUAUAUAAACUCAAAUCAAUUAAGCGAAACAAUUAUUUAAUGAAAUUCAUUAAUAAAAACCAAACAAUACCUA